AUGAGUGUUUUGACAAGCCGCCAAGCCGAAGAGCUGCACAAGUCCAUGAUUGCUUACCUGGCCGCGAACAACCUGCCAUCCGCCGCCGCCGCUCUCAGGACAGAGCUGAACCUCGAGGAAAAUGAAUUCGACGCCGCCACAGCCAAGAAAUACGAGAACCUACUCGAGAGAAAAUGGACCAGUAUCAUCAUGGAUCUCGAAUCCCGGAACACCGCCCUGCAGUCCGAACUCGACAGCAUAACCCCCGCCUCGCUGUCGAUGAAAAACAAAGACCCCGCGUCCUGGUUGCCCAAACCACCACCCCGAUACACCCUCGAAUCACACCGCAACACCAUCAACUGCAUCGCCUUCCACCCAGUCUUCUCCCUGCUCGCCACCGGCUCCGAUGAUUAUACGAUCAAAAUAUGGGACUGGGACGUCGGCGAGCUGGAGAACACUAUCAAAGGCCACACGAGAGCCAUCCUCGAUGUCGACUACGGUGGCCCGAAAGGAAACGUCCUCCUGGCAUCCUGCAGCUCCGACCUGACCAUCAAGCUGUGGGAUCCGGCUGCGGAUUACACGAACAUCCGGACGUUGGCAGGCCACGAUCACAGUGUGAGCGCUGUGCGUUUCAUACCAGCCUCAGCAAACUUGCUGGUCAGUGCUAGCAGGGACAAGACACUGAGGAUAUGGGACGUCAGCACAGGAUUUUGUGUGAGGACACUGAAUGGCCACAGUGGGUGGGUUCGGGACGUGUACCCAUCUUUCGACGGUCGCUACCUGGUCUCUGCUGGCGACGACAUGACCGCCCGGCUGUGGGACAUCUCCGAGGCCAACAGUACAGAAAGCAAAGUGGCCAUGACAGGCCACGAACACUACAUCGAGUGCUGCGCCCUCGCCCCGCCCGCCGCAUAUCAGUACCUCGCACCACUGGCCGGCCGGACAAAACCUCCUCCAAGCAGCAGCUCAGCCGAAUUUAUGGCGACUGGCUCCAGGGACAAGGCAAUACGACUGUGGGAUGCGCGUGGAAUAUGCAUCAAGACCUUGAUUGGCCACGACAAUUGGGUACGCGCGCUCGUCUUCCAUCCUGGUGGCAAAUAUCUCUUGUCGGUGGCGGACGACAAGACAUUGAGGUGCUGGGACCUCACCCAGGAGUGUCGCUGCGUCAAGGUCAUUGGCGAGCCGCACGAGCGGUUCAUCACCUCGCUACGCUGGGCACCGAGCAUCGUACGCAGCGUCGAGGGGUCUGCUGCGGGCAAUGGUACCCCGACUCGGCCACAAGACGGAGAAAAGAAUGGAACGACGCCGAAGUCCCAAGACGUGCAAAUUCGCUGCGUGGUUGCCACCGGGGGCGUGGAUUGCAAGCUCAGGAUCUUUACGACAUGA